GUGACAAGUUGUUCAUUAAACGCGCAAUGUAGUUGUUUCAAAGUUAAAAACUAGAGUAAAAUAAAAAUUAACUAAAUAAAAUUUGAUAGUAGUGAUAGUUAUACAGAUGUGACUUGUCCAAAAAAUGAAACAAUCGGUGAACAAAAUACUGUUGAUGUACUUCGAAUAGGGGAUCAUGCUUGGACAGUUGUUAUUGAAAUAAAAACUUAUCAACCUGAAUUUGAUGAAUUUCAACCAAAGGGAAAAAUGAAAAAAUUUUAUUGCAGUGGAUCUUUACUAAAACCAUUUUUAGUUCUAACAAGCGCUAGUUGUUUGAAUACUCAUGUUUCCAGAAAGCGGAAAUCUAGAACGAUCGGUGUUUACGUAUUCGGCGAUUACAAUCGAUCGCAAAUAGCUGAAUUUAUGAAAGUACCAAAAAAAUAUCCGACUGACGGAAGAAGAGAUCCUCAAGACACCGAAUAUUACUGUCAAAUUUCAGCGAAACAUCAGCCAAGAACUUACAAAAAACGUUAUAUAUAUUAUUACGAUUAUGCGAAGAGAUACAAAAAAUCAGACCCGGACAUUGCAUUUAUCGGGCUUAAUGAAUCGAUUAUUUUUAAUUCGACUAAAAAAAUAUCAGUACCAAUUGCCAGACCCUGUCACGAAAUUGACUAUGAUAGUUGUUUAAUAACCCAAUUAAAAGACAGAGAUCGCGGUCAUUUUGAAUACAAAUGCAAAGUAACCUUUGAAGACAAAGAAAUUAACGAUGGAUUUAUGGAACAAAGUUACCAAAAACAAUUCGGUAAAUUAGAUUGUUCCCCGAAAACUUCCGAACAAACGACAUAUUAUGGAGGCAACCCAAUAGUAUGCCGGUUGAAAAAAAGUGAUCCAAAAAAAUAUGUACAGAUUGGUAUUCUUCAACUAGAUGGAUCUGAUUAUAAAUAUAUUUAUCUACCUGAUAUUGUUAAUUUGUAGUUUACUAUAAAUACA